AUGGAUACUUCGGGCAUAGAACAAAGUUCAUCUCAGGAUGCCGCAAGUAUUCACACUAUUGAGUCUAAUUCAGAUUCGACACCUAGACCAUUGACUCCGACAAAAUCUGAGUCCAUUAGUAUGAACGGCUCAACUCAUGGCACACAAUCUGCGCUUCCUAUAACACCUGCGAAACCUACCAAACAGGCUCUGUCGCAGACGCCUAGGUUAAAAAAGAAGGUGCCAUGGAAGGGGAAGAAUAUUCUAGUGUUGAUUCCUCGUGAUGAAGAACGUGGUCAGCCUGGCAAGGCUCCUAUGCCUCUCGAUCCUACUACGAGGGAGCGAUCGCUUAGACAGUAUCGCGUUACACUGCCCGACCUCAAUGCAUGGAAGGACUACGUCAACGAACUCGCAGAAGCUAAGCUUAGGGCGCUUGGUGUGACCUUCGCUGAGGAAGAGCCAGCACCUCCACCAUCGAUAUCUCCUGUUGGGUCUAACAUGAGUAGACAAACUUCGAAUCAGUUUCAGUCUUUCCCAUUUUCACCGCCAUUGCCUACGGCGUCUGCUGGGAGCAACAGCCAUCAGGGUUUCCCAUUCCCGCCACCUUUCAUCCCUGGUGGACCCUCUGGGCCGCAGAGUCCAGCGAUUCCUGCAGUGGCAUCACCAGUUGGUUUCAAUCCCCCCAUUGGAAGAUUUAGCUCUCGCGCAUCGAUCUCUGUAUCGCCCCAUGAGCUUUCUUUCCAUAUGUCUGGUCAGCCGUCACCAUUGGGAUGGUCUCAGCAACUGCUACUUCAACAGCAACAGUUGGCUCGUAGUGGCUCGCCUUCCUUGAUCCCUGGGAUGUCGCCUGUAUCUCCUUUCUCGCCUGAUGGGAUGUCGCCGUCAAUGGGUCUUCAUCAGAGACAUCAAUCCCUACAAUACCCAAUGCUACCCCACCAGUUUCUACAAAGGCAAGACUCGGCGAGGGCAUCACCACGUCUCCAAGAAGUACGUGAAGAUGAUGAAGAGGAGACGCAGACGAAUCCCUACGAAAAGAGCCCAUCUAAAACGCCAGAACCGGCAUCAUUUAUCCAACACAACGCUAGCAAUAGCUUGCAGAAAGAAAUCGACGAGGCUGAGUAUCAUUUGGAAGAGCAGUUCAGGUCACAAUUGGAGCAUGAGGAUUACAGUCCGCACAACGAGGUUGAGCCUGCCGAAGUUGAUAUGUCACCCCAAAACUUCGCGGAGGGCGAGCCAUUGCAUGCCAGGGGCCCUUCUGUACACUUCAGUGGUAUUGGUGCAGAGUCUGAUGAGGAGCCUAAGCUGCAUCACCCGCAACCACAUAGUCGAGGCCACUCACUUUCUCAGAAACCGUUCUUUGAAAAUGAUGAAGUGCGAGAUAGCACAGACGAAGGCAGUAUCCAUAAGCCCCAGUCCAAUAACAUUCUUCCUGAGAAGACUGAUAGCGCCUUCGAGGUUGAUACAAAUCCAAGCAACCUCGGAUCGCCAGCGCAGAGCUUCGAUUUUGCGAAUCAACUCCACCAGCGGUCGGUGUCAAUGGCCAGCAAUCCUUGGGCUGAACUGGAGUCUUACCCUGCCAGCAAAUUACACUCGCGCCAAGGCAGUCACAGCAGCAAACCAUCUCUCUCGAAACUGAAUGCCAACGCAGCUGAAUUCAAAUUUAAUCCCCAAAACAAUUUUACCCCCGGCCAGUUCGUGUUUGGAAGUACAAAACCCCAGGCGCCCUCUUUUACCCCCGCGUCAUCUCAAGGUCCAUCUUUUGUACAUGGUCUCCCUCAGUCAGCAACGUCGAGCCACUUCAGCCUGCCAUCAAACACAUCAUCUACGAUCGCCAAAAUCAAUCCUUCUGCCCCUGUAUUCUCACCUCACAGAAGCGACUUCAGCUUUUCUACAACUGGCCCGAAGUUCAACCCAGAUGCCAAGGCGUUUCAGCCUAUGGGCUCGUUCGCUUCUUCGAUUGUCAGUGGUGGUGCCUCUGGCAAUGAAAGCACUGAGACUCGGCCCAGGACUAUCUUCGGUAACAUUGACCUCAACAGCACCGAUUUCUCUAAACCAGUGAAGAAGUCGAAGGCGAUCCCUAUUGUGAGGCCUGCUAGCGGUCAUUCGCAACGUUCAGCUGAUGCUUCUGCCGCUGAUGUGGCAUCUACGAGGGAAGAACGUCGCGAUGGUGGUGCCGGUCGGACUAAGAAGCAAUUUCGAAAUGAGGAUGACGAAGACGGUGAUGAUGUUCCUCAGUUCGCAGAGCCUACUCCUGAGCCUGAGACCUCUGUCCUGGAUGAAUCUCAGCUUGAUUUUAGCACUGAAGCUGAUGCUGUUGAUGGUCCUGUGGAUACGAGAGAUGAAGAAGAUGAAACUGUAAACGUUGCUGAUGUCACGUUAGCAUCUACCGUUGUUUCCGAAUCAACAGACGGCAAGCUCCCAUCCGAGUCGAAUGGCACGAAAGCUACUACCAGUCCGUCAGCAGCGUCUCCUGAUCCAGAUAAAGUUAAUUGGAGACCGAUUGAGUUUACUAAUGAGACGGAUAUACACGAUUUCAAUAAUGCUAGACCAUUCGGUGAUCAAGAGCCAAGUUUCUACGAGCCACCAAAAGCACACUUUUCUGCCACUGCAAAGCCUUUCGUCCCUGGCGGCUUUACGUUUGGAACGGCCGAUACGGUUAACACACCGUUCGAACCUGACUUCACCACUCAACCAGAUCGUAUGGUUGAGGCUCCUGGCGAGUCAGAAGAAGACCGUGCUGGUUCACCCACACCUGGGCCCGAUUUCCCCUCUACUAUCAUUGCAGCCAAGACACAAAAUGUAGAAGACGAAGGUAAAAUGUCUCCAGAGCCCGCACUUGUUUCAGGCAGAGGCUUGCUUUCUUCACGCUUUGCGUCUCCACCACAACCAAAGGGUCUGAAGGCAUCACGGUUCGCUGCUAGUCCUCCAGAAUCUCCAGUAUCUGUCGAAGAAGCAGAUGCUCGUCAUGCUAUUUCUCCAUCUCCCGUUUCUGAAGAACAGCUCUUGGCUCCGAUUAUGGGGGCUGAAGUGGCGUCUGACACGCACAAAUAUGAACCACUCCCCGUUAGCCCACCAUCUGAUGCUGGUGCUGCGCCCGAGGAUGAUGGAUUGCAGGAACUCACAUUUGAACAAAUUGAUGCAGUAAUGCAGGAUAUUAACGAGAAUGAUCCAAAUAUGGGAGUCAAACGAACCGUCCAGUCACCGCAGUGGCAUCAGCCUAGUGCUGUACGGAAAAUAUCAGCAAACGCGACUGUCGACUCACCCUUAGCUCACUUCCAGCCACAACUACCUUUCCGAAGCGAGGGCCUAAGUCCAAGCCCUCGGCAAUACCGAUCACUUCCUCAAGAACAUAUGCCACCUAAGCCCUCGACAGAGCUUGAAGAUCCCUUCCUUGAUCCAACUCCUAGCGCCGUUUCCCGCUCCUUUGACGCGCCUGUCCAACGCUUGAAUACGGGGGAUGACCUUCCAGAAAGUGAAUGGGAUGAUGCUUUCAGUGCAAGUGAGCAAGGAAAGCUCGAACAACGUGUUCACUAUUUUGACGGUCAUGUUAAUGAAUUGGUGGGCAACUUGCUGGCUUCACGGCUUGAUCCUCUUGAGAACACAUUAGGCACAAUACAACAAGUUUUGGGCAAACUAUCUCAAAGAGGGUCAUCUGUUCAGCGCGAUAGACGCAGCUUCUCCGCUGAGAUUCAAGAAAGCGAUGCUGAUGACGAGGAUGAGGAGCUUCCCGUCCGUCGAUCCAUGAGUCCAAAGAGAGAUCGAAGGCUAGAGCAAAUUCGUAUUGCCGUCAUGGAUGCUAUGAGCCAGCAUCAAACUGCUCGUAGUCUUGAAUCCGCCCAGUUCGCAACAGCCGAGGACCACCAAACGAAAGACGACUCUGCUAUCAUCAAGGCACUCGAAGACAUGAAGCUUCAGAUUACCAAUAGUAUCCCCAAUAUUCAAAGCGAUGAUAUUCGAAGUAUCGUUGAAGAUGCAGUAAAGAAUCACGUACCUCCAAUCUCAACACCGAUCCCUGAUGAUGACGAGAAAGUGGACCAGAAGCUUGUUGAGAUGCAAUUAAAGAUAGAGGUUCUUGAGGCACGGUUGCACACCGAAGAAUCAAGAAUUGAUGCGGAACGCUUACGGUCUCAAGAAUUGGAAGAAAGGCUCCGCGUUGGCGAAACGAAAGUUGAAGCUGAGGCAGCUAGUCGGCGUGCUGCGGAAGACCGCACAGCUGAACUCCGCCGACAACUUGAGCAGGCUGAAACGAAGGUUGAAGUUGAGAUUAUGAACCGCAGCAUAUUUGAUCAGAGGAUACAUGAUUUGGAAGACAGGCUGAAGACUCAGGAAAGCAAAACAGAAGUGGAACUUUCUUCACGUCGUGCAGCGGAAGACAGACUUUCGGAAGUUCAACGACUGCUUCGGAUCGCUUCCGAAGAGGAGGAUAGAUUGAGGACUGUAGUUGAUGAACGUGAUCAGAAGAUCAAGGGCAUCGAGCAAGCCUCUGGAAAGAUAUCUAUGCGUCUUACUCUACUUGAAGCAGCCCAGUCAAAUGCCGAACAGACUCAAGCGGAACUGAAGAACCGUUUGAAUAUUGCGGACAACGAGCUGCGAGAAUCAAGAGAAGAAGCCCGCCAUUGGCGCUCUGAAGCCGAACAGGCAAGGGAUUCAGCGGCUCGACAAGCUGAUGACUUUGUUCAGGCUGUCAACGAGAACAAGCAUUUCCACAAGCUGAUUGAUACUCUUAGUGUUCAACUCGAGGAGAAUGAACGGAUCAGGGACAACUGGAGAGCCAAAUUUGUUUCCCUGCAAGAUGAUAUGGCACAUGCAGCUCAGGAAAUCACCGAAGAGAAUUCACGACGGUCUAAGAAAGAAGAAGCUCUCAUCGCUCGUCAAGAGGUUCUUGAUGCUCGACUCCAGGCAGAAGCUCGAACUCGUGAACGACUCGAAGUAGAAGUUGAGAGACUAGAAAGUGGAGAACGCGCUGGUAUGAGAGCAGUAAGCGAGUGCAAGCGCCUCGAAGGUUUGCUCGUCGAACUCCGCAAUGAUAAUCACAGCCUUCACCUGCAAGUACUUGCCGCUCAGCGGGAAGCCCAAGAAGCUCAGGAGGCUGCAACAACCGAGAAGCAAUGUGCUCAACUUGAGAUCAAUGAAGCCAAGGAGUCAGCAGCCGUCGAAGUUGGCCGGGCUCAACAGGAAGUUAUUGAGGCUAAGCAUACGGCAGCUAUCGAAGUUCAGCAAGCUCGUGAAUCCAUUUCAGCCGAACUGGGAGCUGCUCGUGACCAAGUGCAAAUAGCCAAGGCCGAUUAUGAAGAGGAAAUCGCCCGGUUGAGGUCUGAAUUAGACCAGGUGAGAAUGGACGCCGACACAGCGAGCGCACAUCACGAAAUGAUGCUGGAAGAAGCGCAAUAUAGUAAAGAAACCGAGCUUCAAGCUGUCAAGGCUGGCAAAGCUACUGAGCUUGAAGAGCUGUCUCGCAGGCACCAGAACGAGCUUGAAGAUCUGCAAGCUCGAUAUGAGCGCCAGAUUAGCAAUGCUGCUGAGGAUGCCCAGCGCAGUGAGCAGAAUCUCUUGGAACGACUAAGCCUCUCUACAUCGAAGACGGAGCACCUGCAAGACCGCGUUGCACACCUGGAGGACAAGGUGCAAAUAGCACAGGAGGCAGCCAAAGCAGCAGCUCAAGCCGCCGCCCAGGCUUCCAAGGGUAUUGUAAUGCCUGAACUAUCGAGUCACCCUGGUCCCGCUGGCCAGACCAAGCAAUUAGCGCAGGCGAUGCAGCUUCCCGAAAAGAUUUCGCCGCAGGCCCUUCGCGAGUCAAUCAUGGUUCUACAAGAGCAAUUACAAGCCCGUGAACAGCGAAUUGAAGAGCUUGAGCAGACAGUUGCUGACCUGGAUCCUGAUGCUGCCACUAAAAUUUCUAAGCGGGAUGAUGAAAUUACAUGGUUGCGCGAGCUUCUCGCCGUCAGACACGGCGAUCUGCAAGACAUCAUUGCAGCGCUAUCAGCAGACAAAUAUGACAGAGAAGCAGUCAAGGACGCUUCUAUCCGUCUGAAGGCAAAUCUCCAGAUGGAAGAGCAGGAGCGUGAGCGAGCCAUGAACGGCGGCUCCGCUUUGAAUCUGCCAAACAUCGCCGCAACAAUAUCGAAAGCCGCAACUCCCCGGGUUGCCCAAGCGGUAGGACCUCUCGCUGCUGCUUGGGGUAGCUGGCGCAAAUCAAAUCAAUCCUCACUCAAUCUAUCUGGUGCUAGGUCUUCUCCCGCAACUGGUAGAAACGCGACUCCUUCCAAAUCCAAUUCAGUAAGCUCACAAAAUGGGCUCCUCUCUGGCUUAAUGACUCCACCAGCUUCGGGAAUUCGCAACACCCCCCAAGCACAACCAAACCCGCCGCAACCAACGGCAUUUGGGAACACCGGUCGCCGAUAUACUGCUGAGCAGUUUGCUAAUAGGGCUCGAGGGCCAUCAAUAACACCUCGGGCAGUUGAUAAAACUCCACUUGCAAGCACACCACCUCGACAGGAUCAUCAAGAGCCUCGUACGCCGCCUAUGAUGCAGUCUCAUUCGUAUGAUGACGAUGCUCAAAUGGAAGAAUUCGACGAUGCAUCUUUCUUUGACGAUUAA